GGAAAGGGUUGUGCGCGAAGGCGUUGGGGGCGGAAGUGACGGGGAGCGGUGUUAGUGGUGUGGGGUGGUAGUUGGCGGGUGGUUGAGCUGAUCCUGUCGCCAUGUCCGCGGGGAGUGCGGCGCAUCCCGGGGGUGGCGGGCGAAGAAGUAAAUGGGACCAGCCAGCACCAGCCCCACUUCUCUUCCUCCCACCUGCUGCCCCUGGUGGAGAGAUUCCCAACAGUGGGGGGAGUCCUGGGGGAUCAGCAGCUGCUCCCUCAGGAGCCUUAGAUGCAGCAGCUGCUGUGGCCGCCAAAAUCAAUGCUAUGCUGAUGGCUAAAGGAAAGCUCAAACCAACCCAAAAUGCUGUUGAGAAGCUUCAGGUUCCAGGCAAAGGCCUGGUCAGCAAUAAAAGCAAAGAUGACCUGGUGGUAGCUGAAGUAGAAAUCAAUGAUGUCCCCCUUACAUGCAGGAACUUAUUGACACGAGGACAGACUCAGGAUGAGAUCAGCCGACUGAGUGGGGCUGCAGUCUCCACUCGAGGGAGAUUCAUGACAGCAGAGGAGAAAGCCAAAGUGGGACCUGGGGACCGUCCAUUAUAUCUUCAUGUUCAGGGCCAGACCCGGGAGUUAGUAGACAGAGCUGUGAACCGAAUCAAAGAAAUCAUCACUAAUGGAGUUGUGAAGGCUGCCACAGGGACCAGUCCAACUUUCAAUGGAGCAACAGUCACUGUCUAUCACCAGCCUGCUCCUGUCGCCCAACUGUCACCAGCUAUUGGUCAGAAGCCUCCAUUCCAGUCAGGGCUGCAUUAUGUUCAAGACAAAUUAUUUGUGGGUCUGGAACAUGCUGUGCCCACAUUUAAUGUCAAGGAGAAGGUAGAAGGCCCCAGCUGCUCAUAUUUGCAACACAUUCAGAUUGAAACUGGCGCCAAAGUCUUCCUACGAGGCAAAGGCUCAGGCUGCAUAGAACCAGCUUCAGGCCGUGAAGCUUUCGAACCAAUGUAUAUUUACAUUAGUCAUCCCAAACCAGAAGGCCUUGCUGCUGCCAAGAAACUCUGUGAAAAUCUCCUACAAACAGUUCAUGCGGAAUACUCCAGAUUUGUGAAUCAGAUUAACACUGCCGUACCUUUACCAGGCUAUACACAACCCUCUGCUAUAAAUAGUGUCCCUCCUCAACCACCAUAUUAUCCAUCCAAUGGCUAUCAGUCUGGUUACCCUGUUGUUCCCCCUCCUCAGCAGCCAGUUCAGCCUCCCUAUGGAGUACCAGGCAUAGUGCCACCAGCUGUUUCAUUGGCACCUGGAGUCUUGCCAACGUUACCUACUGGAGUCCCACCUGUGCCAACACAAUAUCCGAUUUCACAAGUGCAGCCUCCAGCUAGCACUGGACAGAGUCCAAUGAGUGGUCCUUUUCUCCCUGCUGCCCCUGUCAAAACUGCCUUGCCUACUAGUCCUCAGCCUCAACCCCCACUCCCAGCACAGCCCCAGGGGCAGAAGAGGCGGUUCACAGAGGAGCUACCAGAUGAACGAGAAUCUGGACUUCUGGGAUACCAGCAUGGACCCAUUCAUAUGACUAAUUUAGGUACAGGCUUCUCCAGUCAGAGUGAGAUCGAGGGUGCGGGAUCGAAGCCGGCAAGUUCCUCAGGCAAGGAGAGAGAGAGGGACAGGCAGUUGAUGCCUCCACCAGCUUUCCCAGUGACUGGAAUAAAAACUGAAUCUGAUGAAAGGAAUGGGUCUGGGGCCUUAUCAGGCAGCCAUGAUUAUCCAGCUAAGAAGAUGAAAACCACGGAAAAGGGAUUUGGGCUGGUAGCUUAUGCUGGGGAUUCAUCUGAUGAAGAGGAGGAGCAUGGAGGCCAUAAAAAUGCAAGUACUUUCCCACAGGGCUGGAGUUUGGGAUAUCAAUACCCAUCAUCACAGCAUCGAGCUAAACAGCAAAUGCCUUUCUGGAUGGCCCCGUAGAAGACAUCAGAGCAGAUCAUCAGUGACUCUUCUCUAGCAAUAAUGCAUGUGUGUCACGUAACAGACUGUGGAGCUGGGGGAGCCAUCUUUAACGUUUCCAGAAGUUAGAGGUGCUGUGUCCCCUUCCAGAGGAGUUCCAUUCUUUUAAAAAUGCUCUUAUUUCUACAGCAGCAUACCAUCCAUUAAAAGAUGUUGAGAAUCACAGGCUUAUUUCAGGGGAGAGAGGAUGUCUUGAGAAUGGAUGAAAUGUGCUUGCUUGAUAAAAGGAGCAAAGUGUUGCUUGUGGUCUGGCCCCCAUAUUAUUUACAAAUGUAAGACCCCAGCUCUGACAUGAUACAAAUACUAUUUGUAUUUCCCUGCUGUUCAUGAAUGUUUAUAAGCAGUGGCAGCCAAAAUCUUAGCAUUAAGGGGGACAUCAUUUUGAGAACUUGCAUUCUAUCUUUUAAUAUUUAAUUCUUCUAAGAGACCCUUUUCCAUAUUCCGUUGUUGGAUUACUUUUGUUUUGAAAAAUGCUGUUUUCUCACUUGAGAAUCUUGGAUCUAACCAGUUCCUGAGUGGAAAGUUGAAGUUAUUUCCUCAUCUUUAUUGGGAUUAUCUACAUACCCAGCACCUUCAGCAUAUUUAUGUCUUAAGACAGUCAUUGCAACUUUAUUUCAUCCCUCUAAACUUUCCCUCUCUUCAGCUGGUCCAGAUGAAACUCCUUGACUAUGAGCAGGUCAGAGCAUCUGAAGUUGUUCUCUUACUACUCUCAGUCUACCAGGUUCUUUUCCCAACUCAUCACCAUGGAAAUUGUAUGUCUCCACAGAACUGGUUGCAGCUGUAGUAGAGAGAUUUGACUGCUCUGGCUAGGCUGGUGAAUCAUUUAGAGUGACUGAAAUUGCAGCUAGUUUCUUUUUUCUUGGCAUUACAAAGGUCCUGCCAAAAGAACUUUUUUUUGUAUUGAGAAUAUUGAUAUGUGAAUCCAUUGAGAAUGUCGGCGCUGGCCUGCAGAGCAGGAGUUAGUGUUUGAGAUAUUGGGACUGUUGUUUUUGCACACUUGAACACUUUGCAGGCUGGCUUUGUAUAAAAUUUCUCUGGUUUCCUAUAUGUUGUAAAUAUUUAGAACCAUAAUUUCAUUAUAAAUAAAUAUAAAUAUUCUGCAUUCCAGUU